CUCUCAGUGCAAUGUUAAUGUCCUGUAGUGUCCAGUCAGUGUGUCUGGACUGUAUUAACCCCUCUCUUUCUGUACCUCUCAGGUGAUGGUUGUCGGCCCCACAGAUGUUGGGAAGUCCACUCUGUGCAGGCUGCUCCUCAGCUGGGCGGUGCGGGUCGGCCGGCGCCCCACGCUGGUGGAGCUGGAUGUGGGUCAGAGCGGUGUGUCUGUCCCUGGCACUGUGUCUGCCCUGUGCAUUGAGAGGCCCGCCGACAUCGAGGAAGGCUUCUCUGUCCAGGCGCCCCUGGUCUAUCACUUCGGCUCCACCACUCCCGGCACCAACAUCAAGCUGUACAACAAGCUGACGUCCUGCCUGGCGGAGGUCUUCUCCCAGCGCUGCGAGGUGAACCGGCGGGCCAGCGUGGGCGGCUGUGUCAUCAACACCUGCGGCUGGGUGAAGGGCGCGGGCUACCAGGCGCUGGUGCACUGCGCCUCUGCCUUCGAGGUGGACGUGGUGCUGGUGCUGGACCAGGAGCGCCUCUACAACGAGCUCAAGCGGGACCUGCCGCACUUCGUCAAGGUGGUGCUGCUGCCCAAGUCUGGGGGGGUGGUGGAGCGCUCCAAGGAGUGCCGUCGCGAGGCGCGGGACGAGAAGAUCCGGGAGUACUUCUACGGCUUCCGCGGGGUCUCCUUCUUCCCCCACGCCUUCGACGUGCGCUUCUCGGACGUUCGGAUCUACAAGAUCGGCGCCCCCUCCAUCCCGGACUCCUGCCUGCCGCUGGGCAUGUCCCAGGACGACACGCAGCUCAAGCUGGUGCCCGUCACGCCCGGGCGGGACCUGGCGCACCACGUGCUGAGCGUGAGCUGCGGGGGCGAGGAGGGCGGGGCCGAGGCGGGGGGCGGGAAGGCGGCCGGGGGCGGGAUCCUGGACAGCCCCGUGUGCGGCUUCAUCGUGGUGACGGCGGUGGACACGCAGAACCAGGUCAUGACCGUGCUGUCCCCCGCGCCCCGGCCCCUCCCGCGCCACGUGCUGCUCAUCAUGGACAUCCGCUUCAUUGACCUGAAGUGAGCGCCGGGCCGGCUCGGCUCAGGCGGUCUCGCGCACGGACAGUGACCGUUUUAAAGCCCGGUUUGGGGGGUUGGGGGGGGGGGGCGGUUCCCAGGAGCCCCUGCAGCAGCUUGACGUCCAGGGGCUUGAACGGAGACAGAGACGUGGAGCCAGCAGUGACCUUGCCCCAGUACUUUCAUGACGGGCUCUGAGUAAGUCAGCGGAGAUUGUGUUUUUUAUCAUCACCCCACCCAGAAACACAUCCAGGAGCUGCCAUGGUUUCUUACUCAGCAGUGGGAAAUUCUGUUUUUUUGUCUUUCCUGGAAACAGCUCUUUUACAGAUUUGGCACUCUGACUGCACAAAUCAGAAGGUUUGCUUGUUUUAACAAAGCUGAUUUUUUUUUCUGGAGUAUUUUUAAUAAAAAAAUUAUUUGCUACAAAAAAGCUGUUCAUUUUGCAUUAGUGAGAGGUGUAGCAAAGUCACUGUUUGAAUCAACCGAUUCAGGAGAAAGGCAGUUAAAUGCCGUUUUAUACAGUUUUUAAGACGGGUGUUGAGAGUUCUGUGCAAAAGCACCAGAUCAGAAAAACACUUCUAAACUAGAGGAUCAGUUCUAAAUUGCGGCCCAUCUAGGCUGAUUGAUAAUUUAUCUAAUAAUCUCAUUCAUGUGUCUUGAAAGAAACCAGACAACAACGUGCCUGGGAAGCUUGUUCCACACUCCCACAACCCUUUGUGUAAGGAAUGGCCUCCCAUUUUUGGUUUUAAAUGCUCUUCGCUGUAGUUUCCAUUGGACUCUUCUUGUUCCUGUUUAUCUGCUGAUUCUUCUAGGUUAGAACUGUCAAUGUGUUUUUCAGGAUUGUGAAUACUCGUAUCAGGUCUCCUCACUGUCCAAAAGGCUCAAUUCCUUUGGCCUGUCAAGUUAGGACAUUCCUUUCAGCUGUGGAAUUAAAGAGUGUUGGUCAGCA